GAUAAUGUCCUAUUUAAGCAAGCUACACUACCCGUACACGAAUUCAUUAUCACAUUGAGAUUAGCAGCAGAGACCCCGGACAUAUUCACUAGCUAGCUAGCUAGCAAGCUAUAGCGAUGGCAUCGUCUCCUCAGACCGUGAUCCAGAUGUCUUCGCCGCGGGCCAACGCCGCCACAGCACCGCAGACGACGCCCAAUAAGGUCGUCGGAGCCGACGCCGACAACCGUGUGCCGGCGAUGGCGGCAACAGCAGGCUCCGGCGGGACAAUGGCGGACAAGGUGAUGACGAGCGCGGCGAACCUGGCGCAGCUGCUGCCGACGGGCACGGUGCUGGCGUACCAGGCGCUGUCGCCGUCCUUCACGAGGCACGGCGUGGACUGCACGGCGUCGAACCAGUGGCUGACGGCGGCGCUGGUGGGCGUCCUGGCGGGGCUCUCCCUCCUGCUCUCCUUCACGGACAGCGUCGUGGGGACCGACGGCAGGCUGUACUACGGCGUGGCCACGCCGCGCGGGUUCAACGUGUUCAACCUGUCCGGCCAGGAGGAGGGUCUGCAGUGGGCGCCCGGCCAGCUCCGGAGGCUGCGGCUCCGCCCGCUCGACUACGUGCACGCCAUCUUCGCCGCCGUCGUCUUCCUCACCGUGGCGUUCAGCGACGUCGGCCUGCAGCGCUGCUUCUUCCCCCACGCCGGCGCCAACACCAGCGAGCUCCUCAAGAACCUCCCGCUCGGGACCGCGUUCCUGUCCAGCUUCGUGUUCUUGAUCUUCCCUACCACCAGGAAGGGCAUCGGGUACAGCGACACCACCCCGCACCAAAAGGCAUCGGAUGACGACGAUGCAACGACACCAGUACUACUCCCCACCAAAAGCCACCAGCAUACGGUCUAGCUAGCCGGUUCGGAUGCAAUUCAGAAUUUAGAAUACAUGUUUUGCAGGAAAUUAAGCUAGGGUUCAUACUUGUAUGUAGUAGCUAGGUAAUAGAUGCAUGUUAAUUUGAUGUGUGAUUCUUUUCGUUCAUUCAUAAAUACAUGUUUGGAAAAUACUACUGUGCAUCAUUCAAAAAAUGUAGUAGGAUGAUGAGAAAUAUGGUCUAAGUGGUAUCAGUGGAUCAAUUUUA